AUGGCGGCCACUUCACUAAGCUCGCCAAGCACGACGACGGCGGCCAUCCUGCUGGGCGGAUGGAGGAGGAGGACGGUGGCGUUCCCGUUCCGUGUGACGUGCUCGGCGGCGGCGGCCGGCGGGACGGUGGUGAUCGGGUUGGCGGCCGACUCCGGGUGCGGGAAGAGCACGUUCAUGCGGCGGCUGACUAGCGUGCUGGGCGGCGGCACGGCGGCCGCGGCGCCGCCGAGGGGCGGGAACCCGGGCUCCAACACGCUCGUCGAAGGCGACGCCACGGUGAUCUGCCUCGACGACUACCACUCGCUGGACCGCGCGGGGCGGAAGGCGAAGGGCGUCACGGCGCUGCACCCGCGCGCCAACGACUUCGAGCUCAUGUACCGGCAGGUGAGGGCUCUCAAGGACGGCCGCGCCGUCGAGAAGCCCAUCUACAACCACGCCACCGGCCUCCUCGACCCGCCGGAGCUCGUCGCGCCCCCCAGGAUCCUCGUCAUCGAGGGCCUUCACCCAAUGUAUGAUGCUCGUGUCAGGGGCCUGCUGGACUUCAGCAUCUACCUGGAUAUCAGCAGCGAAAUCAAGUUUGCAUGGAAAAUUCAGAGAGACAUGGCAGAGCGUGGGCACAGCCUGGAGAGCAUCAAGGCCAGCAUUGCUGCCCGGAAACCCGACUUCGAUUCAUACAUUGACCCGCAGAAGCAGUACGCCGACGCCGUGAUCGAGGUCCUGCCGACGCGGCUGAUCCCCGACGACGACGAAGGCGAGGUGCUGCGCGUGAAGCUGAUCAUGAAGGAAGGCGCCAGGCACUUCUCGCCGGCCUACCUCUUCGACGAGGGAUCCACCAUCAGCUGGAUCCCCUGCGGGAGGAAGCUCUCCUGCUCCUACCCCGGCAUCAGCUUCGCCUACUUCCCGGACACCUACUUCGGCCACGAGGUGUCGGUGCUGGAGAUGGACGGGAGGUUCGACAAGCUGGACGAGCUGAUCUACGUGGAGAGUCACCUGAGCAACCUGUCGACCAGGUACUACGGGGAGGUGACGCAGCAGAUGCUGAAGCACGCCGACCUCCCCGGGAGCAACAACGGCACGGGGCUCUUCCAGACCAUCGUCGGGCUCAAGAUCAGAGACCUCUGCGAGCAGAUCGUCGCCGAGAGGGCCGCUCCGCCGCCGGCACUGGCCGCCGUCGCCUGAUCGUCACCGGCAUCUUCGUUGUUCAGGUGUAUCAGUUAAUUUUGUUCGACUUGUUUCUUGUAAAAUUGUAUAUUGUUUUGGGGGUGUUCAUAGGAUUUGAUUGCAUUGGAUGUAGCCCAUUGGGCUUCCAAGAGCUCGUCGGCUCUCUGUCUGUCUGUAUGUUUGUUUCCCUAAAGAUCACUGCAAAUCUGCAAUAGAAAAAGUUCAU